AUGGCGAGCAUGACCUCGAUGCCGGUGCCGGCGAGGGAGCUCACCGUCCACUCGUCGGCGUCGAAGAGCUUCACCUUCUUGAUCCCGUUGGCCUUGAGCAUCUUCACCACGUCCGCGGGCAGCAUCGGGUGGGACAUCAUCGUCCCCCAGUUCAUGCCGACUACCCCCUCCCCCGGCUCUGCCGCCACCGCCAGGAUCACCGCCGUCGCACAGUAG